AUGGGCGUCGCAAAGAAAACCCGCAAGUUCGGCCAGGUCAAGCGCCUCAUCGGCCAACGCGAUGCGCGCCUCAAGAAGAACGUCGACGCCGCUGCCGAAGGCCAAAAGAAGAAGGAAGUCGCCGUCGUUCGCCAGAUUCCCCAGGUCUCCUCGGCCCUCUUCUUCCAGUACAAUACCGCCCUCGUACCGCCCUACUCUGUUCUCGUCGAUACCAAUUUCUUAUCGCAUACCGUCCAGCGCAAGCUGCCGUUGCUCGAGUCUAUGAUGGACACGCUCUACGCGAAGUGUACGCCUAUAAUUACAUCUUGCGUGAUGGCUGAGCUUGAGAAGCUGGGACCGAAGUACAGGAUUGCGCUGCGGAUAGCGAGGGAUGAGAGGUGGGAGAGGCUUCAGUGCGAUCAUAAGGGCGUGUAUGCGGAUGACUGCAUCGUGGAUCGUGUGAUGAAGAACAAGGUUUAUAUUGUGGCAACGAACGAUUUGGACCUUAAGCGGAGGAUAAGGAAGAUUCCCGGUGUCCCGAUUAUGAGCGUGGCGAGAGGAAAGUAUGUCAUUGAGAGGUUGCCCGACGCACCAGAGAAAUAG